CCUUUUGAAAAUCAUGUCUGGAAGAGGCAAAGGCGGUAAAGGAUUGGGUAAAGGAGGCGCCAAGCGUCACCGUAAAGUUCUGCGUGAUAACAUCCAGGGAAUCACCAAACCCGCCAUCCGUCGUCUCGCUCGUCGUGGUGGAGUCAAGCGCAUCUCGGGUCUGAUCUACGAGGAGACUCGCGGUGUUCUCAAGGUGUUUCUGGAGAAUGUAAUCCGUGACGCCGUUACAUACACCGAGCACGCCAAGAGGAAGACCGUGACUGCCAUGGAUGUGGUGUACGCGCUGAAACGGCAGGGACGCACUCUGUACGGGUUCGGCGGUUAAACAUCUAUCAGUUCUAAACCAAAGGCUCUUUUAAGAGCCACCCACGAUGUCAGAAAAGAGGCCUUUGACUUGCUUUAUAUUGAGGUUUCUGUAGAAGAUCCUGUUAUUAUUUUUAAUUCCGAAUAUAUUACUAAACCGCAUGUAUCUGUAUAUGAAAUAUCAUGGUGAUCAUGUCAUGUUGGCAUAUUAGGUCAUAGAUGGUUAAAAAGUAAAGUUGUAUAUGUAGGGAGUAUAUUUUAUCUCUUCCUUUCCUCCGGGGGGAGCUGUGUGUUGUGUUAAGGAGAAGGGCUGCUGGUUGGCCUCAGUUGUGUUUCCUUGUGGGAAAGGAUUAAUUCAGCUCUGCACAGAAUUUGUUUAACUUUAAUAUUUGCCAUCCAUGUUAUUUUAUGAGAUGUGUUAUAGUUAGGGCAUUAACUAAUGUGUAGAAGUCCUUGUUUUUGAUAGAUUGACUUGUAUUUCUGAUAUUCUGAUUUCGCAUAUUUUAUGUUGUUUCAGGGGUGAUAGGGCGUUUUAUUUGGUUGAUUCUUUAUAUUGUGAAUAUAUUUAACAUUUAUAAUUGCCUGUCAUAUGUUGUAGUUUAUUUUUUCAGUGUUUAAGUUAGUUUGUGAACCGCUAGCUUGCUAGUUAUUUAGAUGCAGCCACUUUUACAUCUAUUUGGGGAAAUUUGUUACACAUUGUAAUCUUUGAAGAUAUUUUGUGAUGUACUCAGUUGUGUUUUCUUGUGGGAAAGAUGUUGCAGUGCUAUUUCUGCUGUGCAAGUGACAAAAUGAAGAGAGGAGUCCAUUAAAG